AUGGAAGUGGUGGGGUGCAAGGCGAGAGAGAGCAGUUGCACAUUGCGUCCAGCAGCCAUGCUUUUCCACGGCAUCUCCGGGGAGCACAUCCAAGGGAUCAUGGAGGAGAUGGAGAGGAGGUCGAAGACGGAGUCCCGCCUGGCCAAAACGGUCCAGAUGAACGGGAGGGAGUCGAGCAUGCCCUCGGUGAGCCCGGAGAAGCCCGCACUGUGCGCCGGCUGUGGGUCCAAAAUCUCGGACAGGUACUACUUACUGGCGGUGGACAAGCAGUGGCACCUCCGCUGCCUCAAGUGCUGUGAAUGUAAACUGGCCCUGGAGUCGGAGCUGACCUGCUUCGCCAAGGAUGGCAGCAUUUACUGCAAAGAGGAUUACUACAGAAGGUUCUCCGUGCAGAGGUGUGCCCGCUGUCACCUGGGCAUCUCGGCCUCGGAGAUGGUGAUGCGCGCGCGGGACUCCGUGUACCACUUGAGCUGCUUCACGUGCACGUCGUGCAACAAGACGCUGACCACGGGCGACCACUUCGGCAUGCGCGAGAACCUGGUGUACUGCCGGGCGCACUUCGAGAGCCUGGUGCAGGGGGAGUAUCACGCGCCCCUCAACUACGCCGAGCUCGCGGCCAAAGGCGGUGGGCUCGCGCUGCCCUACUUCAACGGCGCGGGCGCGGUGCAGAAGGGCAGGCCGCGGAAACGCAAGAGCCCCGCCAUGGGCAUCGACAUCAGCACGUACAACUCAGGUUGUAAUGAGAACGAAGCCGACCAUUUGGACCGAGAUCAGCAGCCCUACCCUCCCUCGCAGAAGACCAAACGCAUGCGUACAUCCUUCAAGCACCACCAGCUCCGCACCAUGAAGUCCUACUUUGCCAUUAACCACAACCCUGAUGCCAAGGACUUAAAGCAGCUCGCUCAGAAGACGGGCCUCACCAAAAGAGUUCUUCAGGUUUGGUUCCAAAACGCACGGGCCAAAUUCAGAAGGAACGUUUUGCGGCAGGAGAAUGGGGGUGUUGAUAAGGCUGACGGCACGUCACUUCCUCCACCCUCCUCCGACAGCGGUGCACUGACCCCGCCCAGCACCGCCACCACACUAACAGACCUGACCAAUCCCUCUAUCACCGUAGUAACAUCAGUGACCUCUAGUUUGGACAGCCACGAUUCCGGGAGUCCCCCACAAACUACCUUGACAAACCUUUUCUAACACAAAUUUGUUUUUUUGUCUUUUUAUUUUUCCCUUCAAAAAAUUUUUUUGUUGUUGUUCACGAGAUCACCCUUAAGCGACCAGAGACAGAACUCUUUGGAUUUGGAAAAAAAUGGAGGAAAACUUGAUGUGUAGCAUUUGCAACCACUUGGCAGCUGAGUUUCAAUGUAUUUUUAAAAUUUUAUUUUAUUAUUAUGCACUAUGUUAGUUAGCACAUUUGCCUAUUAACCAUUCAUAAGUGGAAGUGGAUUACAUGCCUAAACCACAGUCAGUUCUUUUUUUAAGUGAACUAAAUUUUCGCAUUAAUCAGCAACAACCAAUUAUUCCCAAAAUAGUUUCGCAAUGGUCCCAACAACUGUAGCUAACAGACAUUAUUACUGCUUUACAACUCAAAUGCCAGGUGGAUGCUUUAACCUCUAGUACUAUCAUGCCAACGAAGCACUAAUUAGGAUUAAAAUAUCAUCUGUGCAGUGGUAACUGUUCAAAACGUUACAGUAUACUGACAGGACGAAGGAAGGGAAACUCAUCUCAGUUCCUCUCGAGUCAUUUUGAUGCAUGGGCUACGUUUUAAUUGAUUGUUUGUACAAUUAAGCACUUUUAACAAUUAUGAAGCCACUUUUGUAUUCCAACAGCCCAUGAAUUGUUAGGUAUACAAUUAGUAAAAAGUGCAUUAUGAAGGUGCAGCUCAGGGUGACAGUGAGUUAGGGAUGCUAAAUGGGGGAGUUUUUUUAAAUUGUAGAGGUUUUAGAACUGCUUCAAAAGCCUGGAGGACAUUAUUUUUGCAAGAAAGUCCUUUUUUUUCUCUCCCCAAGCAUAUUCACACAUUUCUUUUCUGGACACUUGCCACUGAACAGACCAAAAAAAAAAAAAAACAACCUCGUUUAUUCUGUCUGGAAACUUAAGUGAGGGAUGGUUAAGGACUGAUCCGGCUCCUUGCUAGGGUGAAAUAUUUCAUUAUGUGAUGGGAAAUUUGUUCUGUUGUGGAACAAAGUGGUACUCUAGAUCUACUUCAUGAAGUAGAUGCCUAACUCAGUUCUGCUAUGUGCCUUACGCUAUAACUUGGAAGAGAGUUUGUGAAAUUCAGGAGAUACAUGUCUUGUUUGUUUAACUGAUUCACAUCCUUUGAAACGCCUCACUAGUUUUGUACUGUUUUUUAUUUUUUUUGUUUUGUUUUUUUUUUUGUUCAUCUGAUUUUCGACGAUCUUUUUAAAUGGUGUAUUCUGUUACGAAGGGGGGCAGCGAUGUCAUAGAAAGCAGUUGUGCACUCUUUCAAAUAUAGUUGGUAAAUCCAAGAAUCUUAUAUAUUGAUCUUCGUGUUAAUAGUACAGUACGUGUUCUAUCAAGAUUGUCCAUGUUUCCUUGUUUCUUGAGAAAAAAAAAAAAAGAUGGUGUAUAGAAACUAUUUCCCCUUAAAUAUUUAUGGACCAAACGGUUGUUAUAUCUUAUUAAAUUU